AGAAGGGCGCUCGCAGGGCUCCUACUCAGGCGCAGGGCUGUCGUCCUCAGCGCCGUGGGGCUUGUAGGAGUCGGGCAGGAACCGGAGGCGCCAUCGUGACCGCUGGCAGGUUCCUUUUCUGUGCCUUCAUUGGCUCAGCUGAGAAGUGAGUCGUGGACGAGCCGCUCCCAGCGUCCAUCCUGGAGAACCGGGUCGUUGAGGCAGUGCCCGUGGGAGAAGAGGGCCGGAAAAACCCAAGUCAGAAAUACAGCAGAGGCCGCAGACCAGGCCGGCUCCCCCGACCUUUAAUGAACUCGAUCCUGGCUUGGGCCGUCGCGGUUGUCUCCUAACUGGUCUGCCUGUAGCGUGUUGGGAGAUUGAGCAUCUGUAUAGUGUGGCGAUGCUACACUUGGGGAUGUACAAAGCAUGUCCUGGGUUCUGAACCUGCCAUCCAAGAAACUCAAGAGCAAAAGUUGACAGCCUUUGCGUCCCUCACCCGCCUUGGACAGAACCCAGCAUGUCUCAGGCCACCAAGAGGAAGCAUGUGGUGAAGGAGGUGCUAGGGGAGCACAUGGUACCCUCCGACCAGCAGCAGAUUGUGAGGGUACUCAGGACCCCAGGGAACAAUCUGCAUGAAGUGGAGACAGCCCAAGGGCAGCGCUUCCUGGUGAGCAUGCCCUCCAAAUACCGCAAGAACAUCUGGAUCAAGAGAGGGGACUUUCUCAUUGUCGACCCUAUUGAAGAAGGAGAAAAGGUGAAGGCCGAGAUCUCUUUUGUGCUCUGCAAAGACCAUGUGCGUUCCCUGCAGAAGGAGGGGCUCUGGCCUGAGGCCUUCUCUGAAGUGGCUGAGAAACACAACAACAGGAACAGACUCAGCCAGAACUCCCAACUGAGCCACAGUCAUCAGAAGAAUCCAGCUCUGAAGAUGAUUCUGACCUCUUCGUUAAUACCAACCGCAGACAGUAUCAUGAGAGUGAGGAGGAGAGCGAAGAGGAGGAGGCAUCCUGAGACCCCAGGAUCCACUUCACUCAGAGACUUGUCCUUGGCUCCUCUGAGAUUGGACGUUCCCAGGGUGCUCUGCAGAUCUUCCCCCCCGGAUGGGGACAAGGCAGGACCCCUCUCUGAACUGACCUUCUGACCUAGGAGAAUUAAACCCCUGGUGGGUGGUGACUUGUGCUGGUGUCCGAGUGGCUCUCUGGAGGAAGGAGGGACCUGUAGUGGUUAAAAACUGCUCCUUGGUGGAAGCCCCAUGGGCAGCUGGGCUGAAUGGGCAGGAAAUGGCAGAUGGCUGGAGUCUUUCCUAGGUUCUCUCUCGUUGGGCCUUUAGUAAGUGCCAGGCCCUGUGUUGUGCCUCCUUGCACGUAUUUAAUAACUGGGAACAGUCCCACUCAUUUCCUGCUCACAGUCAGUACUGAUUCAGACAUUCAGGAUCACAGCUGUAGGACCUAGUCUUGCCUCUGAGAAACACUCAGGAUGAAUUUCCUAUGCCUUGUAUGCUGCUUUCCCUGCCUUUUUUGUCAGCCGUGAGUGCAGGAGUGUCCACUUCUGUGCUGCUGUGUACAUCCCCAGGUUGGUGCCCUCCGUGUGGCUACUCAGACUAUCAUUCCUCAGCCCUCUUAUAAACCAUAUCAUCCCAUUUCUCCUUUGAAGAUUUUACCUCUGGUUAUACACUCUUCCUCUUCAUUGCUGGCAUUGACCUUCUAAUCACUGAUCAGACAUUGAAGAGUUUACCACCCAGUUUACAGUCUUUUACCCUUAUAUCAUUGUUCUGCGUCCCCUGGUGGGCCCAUUCAACACUGACCCUCUAGUUCCUUGAUAGCCCCAUCACUAAUGCACUUCUAUUUCAUGCCUGCUGCCUACAUCUCUGUCUACAUCCCUACUCCCUGGACCCCUGACAUCAAUAGAAAUUGCAGCAGCUUUUGAAUUCAAAUACCUGUAGUCACCGCCUCCUGGCUUUUUUGCUUACUCGCUCAACUACCCCCUUUGCAAAAACUCUUUAUCUCCAUCCACCAGCCCUGCCGCUUUCCCACCAUUAUUCUAUCUUCACUUCUCCCCUGUGCAACAUGGAUUCCAUGACAGACACCUUCCAUUCCCGUGUUUUCCUCCAUUUUAUUCAUCUACUAAAACCUAACCUGGGCCAACCCAGCCAUUCACCUCUGUGCCUGUGCCCAAGUAACUGUUAGAGAAAACUGCCAACCUGGCUCACUUGUUUUACCUGAAAUUCAUAAUAACAAACCUCAGAUGGACACUUGGCACUGCCUGGAAGAUCUGCUCUGGAAUGUUGUAUUUCGACACUUCUGUCUUGUCCACCAAUUCCUCCUUCCCCUGCUAGUUAACACAGCUCGUACUUCAAGAAAUAGCCAUUAAUGGGAACUCUCACCACCCCAUAAUCAACCUUAAAAACGUACUUGUGGAUCUUCCUCUUUACUUCCCAUUGUACUCCAAGGGAACGCCAACCUUUUCUCCUUUAUCUGCUUUUCAUUUUCUCUUAUGUUUACUUAGCAUAGCUUUAAAUACAUACGUGUAUAUAUUUGCACGUAUGUGUAUGUGCAUACAUUUAAAAUGCAUGUGUCCAUACAUAUACACACGAAAAAUCAGUCAAGGUAAAGAAGUGUGUGUAUAUCUGUUUUUAACUAAAGUUUGGUUUUUAUGAGAGAACUUUUUUCCUAAAGAGAUGACCACUUGUUCCUAUACCAUUUAUUGAAUGGGUCAUUCCUUCCUCACCGAUUUAAAAUACCUUUUUAAAAUAAACUGUAUUCCUGCAAA